UCAUUGACCUGUGACCAUUCAAGAGAGGAAUUCGCUCCCAGCCAUCAAAUAUAGGCACUUCCCCCACCUCUAUAUAUGAGAAGGCAUAAACUCGUUGAGCUAGCAGGAAUCCAGGCUUUGUAUUGGUCAGCUUUUCCGAAUAGAAAUAGAUAAGGAUAUGGCUGCCAAAGCCUCCCUCCUCUUCGUUUUUGCGUUCUUGCUAGCUUUGUCCACCACUUCUACAGCUUUCAACGUCACCAAGGUCCUAGGACAAUACCCGGAUUAUGGCAGUUUCAACGACCUUCUGAGCCAGACCAAGCUCGCUGAAGAAAUCAGCCAUCGCCAAACCAUUACCAUACUGGCCCUGGAUAACGCUUCCAUCUCCUCCAUCGCAAGCAGGCCUAGUGAUGAAGUCAAGAAGAUCCUCAUGAAUCACGUUGUCCUUGACUACUUCGAUACUUUCAAGAUCCAAAAGCUGGGAAAGAAGAGCGUCAUUCUCACCACAUUAUACCAAACCACAGGCCUGGCUCAGGGUCAACAAGGCUUCUUGAACAUUACCAAGCUAGGUCCAGGUGAAGUUGUGUUCGGUUCGGCCGUGAAGGGUGCACCGCUGGUUUCUAAGCUUUUGGGGUCUGUAGUUUCCCAGCCUUUCAACUUAUCAGUGCUUCACGUUAGCACACCUAUUGUGGCCCCUGGCUUCGGUGAGGCGGUCCUUGCUCCUCCACCACCACCGGGAUCCCCUCCUCCAUCCCCUGCUCCCAAGAAGGCUGCGCCACCUGCUCCCUCGGAGGAGGAGGAAGCUGAUGAUGAAGAAUCGGAAGCCUCAGAUGGUGCACCCUCCCCUGCUCCAGCUGACGCUCCAGCGGCCGAUGCUCCAACGAAGGGGAAGACGCCCCCGGCACCCAAAGAUGCUGAUGAAGAAGCAGCCGCUCCUUCCGCUUCCUCUAGGGUGGCUUCAAGCAUGGCUGUUGCAGCGGUGAUGGGCUUGGUCGCGAACUUAGUAGCCUUCUAAGAUAUUGCUAUAUAACGUGAAGAAAGAUGGAAAAUUUUUUAGUUCUUUUUUUCUAAAAUUGAAAUUCAAGACGAAAAGCGAGAGGUGACCGUGAGUAUUGGGAGAGACGGCAAUGGGUAAUCUCAUGAUGGGAAUUAUUGAAAAGAAAGGUAAAAUUGCCAGUUCGGAUAAUUUUUUUUUCUAUUAUGAAUUUUAAUUAAGAAA